UUAUUUAUAAUUUGUCACAAAACUGUCAUUAUGAGAAAUCUUGACCUGUCACAACGUCUCCAAAAUGGGUGACACCACCCCCGAAAAAGUCAAAGAUGGUUCCCCACAACUCCCCCAACCCGAAACAGAACUUGAAGUCCUUGUAAUUCCCUACCAACAACCCCAACAGCCUCCCCCAUACCCCGGCCAACCGCCCUAUCAACCCCAACAAGCUUACUACUACCCCGACCCCACUUACGACCAACGACGAACCCCCGUCUACCAGCAAAGAACCUACCAAGAGCCUUACGGUGGUUACCCCCAACCGAUAAAUGUCGCUCACGCACCCCCAGUAAGGCAACGCCAGUCUGACUUUGGUUUCAACUUUUUCGGUGGUGGAGAAAUUUUUACUGAUGCUUUUGAUACUAUCAAGAUUCGUAAUCGGUUUGUACAGAGGGUGUACACAAUUUUGUCAGCGCAAUUGGCCUUCACCUUCGCCUUUGUCUUUCUUGUGGCCUAUGAGAAAAACACGAGGAUUUUUAUGAUUCUAUAUGGAUUCCCUAUUAUGAUUGGUGCCAUGAUUGUCUUCUUCACUGUUUAUUGCUGCGUGGUGUGCACUCAAGUCCGACAUCAUUUCCCUUUAAAUUUUAUUUUAUUGGCGAUUCUAACAAUUGCAAUGACUCUACUUUUAAUGGGUCUCUGUGCAAGAGUACCAUCCCUGAUCAUUUUAUGCGCAGUUGGUACUACUGCAGCUUUAUGUACAAUGGUGUCCCUAUUUGCAAUACAAACUAAGUGGGAUGUUACAGGUUGUGGAAUGUGUCUCUGUAUAGCGACUGGUAUGUUAGUUCUCUAUGGUCUGGUAAUCAUGAUUUUGGCUCUUGUGGGCAUACGAAUGCCCAUUUUACACGUCGUGUAUUCGGCUAUUGCCACUCUAAUUUUUACUUUUUGGCUGAUGUAUGACACUCAGAUGAUUGUUGGGGGGCGACGACUGGAACUAUCACCCGAGGAAUACAUCGUGGGGGCUCUGAGUCUCUACAUUGACAUUGUUUACAUUUUUAUGCACCUGCUUCAAUUGUACCAAUAUUGCAUGGGGGUUACACUGUAAUAACUCUGAUUUUUGGAUAAAUGCAAAAUAGAGUCAACUGGAAACCGGAUAAGACGCACCCUAAAAAGUUUGG